CUCUUAUUUUCAUUCUGACCUGUGUUUAUAAUGUUCCUUAUUUGAUUAAUUUUACUUUAUUAGUUUCUAUAUUCUGGGACUUGCUCUGUUGUUUAUUGGUUUUUUGUUAGCUUAAUAUGAUGCAACAUUUUCGGCACGGAUUUUAGUUGUUUGUCAUGCCAUUAUUGUUUUUUGGCUAUGCUAGCUGUCUGUUAGUGGAUCUAGGGUUUUCGAAGGUUGUUAGAGUAAUCAAUUUUGUUACAGUAGGGGAAUUUCUUGAGAAAUGGAAAUUCGCAACUCUGCUUCAAUGAUUGUUGCAAUUGUUGUUAGACGUAAUCUGGCAGACGAGAAGAGUUGUAGAUGCCAGUUGCAAAACUAAGAGCUUGCAGCACUCCAGAUGCAAUGAAACCAGAAGAUGGAAAUGAUUCUCUGGACAAUUUCAUCAGACAAGCAAUAGGAAAAGAGCCUUUCCUUUCUUUCUCAAGGGCCGGGGACAGCCCAGUCCAGUGGAUCCAGUUACUUCAUGCCUUAGAUCAGCAAGGUACUAGCAAAUUAUCUAAUGGUCAUAACAGUAACAACACCAUAGAGGGGAAGGAGCAUUCUCUAGAGCAUUGCAAUGGUCUCAGUUCAUAUGCAUCUGAGUUUAAUGGGGUUAAGGAAUCUGUUCACCAUGUAAAAAGUGGUGGGCUCCCUGUAAAGGGAACAAAGAAUGCCUCUGAACAUAUGCAGUCGCUCAAAAUCCCCGAGGCUGUUGUUGCAUUUGCUCAGGCCGCUGCUAAGGCCAAUGGUGAGCCUGAAAAAUAUCUUCCAGGAUGGCCCUUGCUUUCUCCUUUGAAGGUGCAGAUGCAAAAGUGUGAGAAGUGUUCCCGGGAGUUUUGUUCACCUAUCAACUAUCGAAGGCAUAUACGUGUGCACCGUCGGUCUUUGAACCCUGAUAAGGACCCUACAGUCAAUAGGGAUUUGUUAGGAGCAUUUUGGGAUAAGCUGUCUUCAGAUGAGGCUAAAGAAGUUGUAUCAUUAAAAAAUGUGACAUUGGAGGAAGUUCCAGGGUUGUCCAUUGUAAAAGCACUGACCUCACUAAUCCGGAAACCGGGAUUUUCUUCCCUGCCACAAGUUUAUAUGAAGGCCGGUUCUGCAUUAUUGGAUAUCGUCCAAGCUAGAGCUUCUAGGUUUCCAAUAUCUUCAGAGGAAUUGUUCAGUAUUCUAGACGAUGCAAGUGAGAAAACUUUUUUAUGUGGCCCAGCUGUGUCAAUGCAAAAAUAUAUUUUUGAUGGGGAAGCUGGGAAGAUUGGACUUGAGAUGAAGAAUUUAGUUGCUUGCACCAGCUUUCUUGUGGAACAGAAAUUGGUAAAAGCAUGGGUAGCUGAUAAGGAUGCUGAAGCUUUGAGGUGCCAGAAGUUGCUUGUCGAGGAGGAAGAAGCUGCCCAAAAAAGGAAAGCUGACCUCUUGGAAAGGAGAAGGCAGAAAAAGCUUAGGCAAAAAGAACAAAAGGCAAAGGAGCAAGCAAAUGGGGAGAAGGUUGAUGCAAAGGAGAGCAUGGCUAGUGAACCUGCAGGCGAAUUGUCCAGCUCUCCAUCUGUUUCUGACUCUGAUUUGCACCAUCCAGGCACACCGCCAGAUAGUGUUUCUUCAUUCCUUGAACCGAUCCGACAUUUGGAUGCAGAUCAAGAUGCAGUUGCCAAAGAUCAGUAUGGUUUUAGCAGUGCAUAUUCUGAUUCAGGCAUUUCUCUGAUUGGUGAAAAUCGAUUAGUGCAGGGAAGUGGCCGUCGGCAAUUAGUGGUUGCUCGAUGGCAGUUGCCAAAAUCUCAAAGGGGGGUCUCAAAUGGUUUCUAUGCAACUCAAAAUCCUCAGUUGUCAAAGCCUGGAGUGAUGCAAAAACAUGGUGUUAACUGGGAAUCUAGAUCUGCUCCAAUAGUUAAUGGUAACAAAAUUUGGGCCCCGAAACCUAAACCAGAAGUUGAUGGGGAAUGCUUUAGAAACAAAACAACAAAAGAGCCGGUAAACCAACCAGAUCAAAAUAAGGACUGUGAGGUUUUGAUAGGCUCUAUAUCAGUCACGCUGGGAAAUUCUAGCAGCCUGCAGUGCAUUGAUAGUCUGGUUGAAGUUCGAGAUGAUCCCGGGCAAGAGAAUACAAUGCUGAAGAAGAGCAAUGUUCAGGAGAAAGCCUCCAAGCCUGAUUCUGCUCAGUCUGGCAUGAACAGGUCAAUGGUUAAGGCUUGGAGGCCAGUCAGCCAGCAUGAAACCAGAGGUUCGGUACCCAAUGGUGGCAAUAGAGUAUCUGAAAUGGAUACCGAUGUGGCUACAGAAAAAGCCAAUGAUAGAAGCUUGUCUAGUGAAAGCAGUCUUAUAUCAUGUGCAAUUGAUGACAGUCGCAGUGGGAGUGAGAACAAUUCUCCCUCGCCACCCAUGGAAGAAACUGCACGUCCAAGAGGUUGGGAGUUCUCAACCCGUGCUGCGGAAGCAUUCCUUGCAGAGAGAUGGAAGGAGGCUAUAUCCACAGACCAUGUGAAGUUAGUCCUAUCCCCGGAAUCUGAACCUCCAGGAUGCCCCGAUGUCCAAAACGACUGUCAAGUAGAGGCACCAUCAUCAUCAAAUUUUGUUAAGCGCAGCAUUCUUGGCAGUGCAGAGAACCGGCUGGCUAAUGGCGUGACCUUUGAGCCUUCAAGUGCCACCGGAGCUGCCAAAGCCAAGAUUCGAACGAAGCCUGAAAAGGGUGUAAAGCUAAAGUACAUUCCCAAGCAGAGAGCUCUUGCCUGAGAUGGGCUUUGAUUUGUGAUAUGCAUGUGCAGUUUUACCAGCUGAUGCCAUUUAAUUCUUAGCAGAGGUUCCAGUUUUACUAAUGGUCUUCUGUCAGAAAACUGAAGAAAGGUUUUGCCGGAAAAUCCUUUUUUUUUUUUUUUUUACAAUUUCGUCUUCUUUUCCUUGGGUGUUGCAGCAGGAUUAGUAUCGAGCAUUUUGCCCUCCAUAGAUUAGAUUUUCUGUAAUAAAAAUUUUGCGUUCGUUUCUGUUGCAAA